AUGCACUCAUCUGCUGCUGCUGCAGCUUCAGAGACAGCAAAAUUAUAUCUCACAGCCAUGGGCAACCCCUCUCCCACUGAUAAUGGUACGUGCCCAGAAUGUUCAUAUUUAGAUUCAUAUAGCCCUAAUGUUAUAAAAUCUGUAGCUGCAGUUGUUGGCAACACUAAUAGCUGGACCAAUGUAAGCAGUAGCAAGCCAAGUGCAAGCUCUGAUUUACUGCAAUCCGUUGAAAUGUUUGCUAAGAAACUUUCUGUAGACACCGCAGACAUCAACAUUACAUACCCAAAUGUUGAGCUAAAGGGCAUUAAAGUGUCCAAUAACAGUGAUCAAGAGUUCUACAAAUCAUUUCAGAAUGGAAGUGUGGUGAUUUCUCCGGAUCAGCUCCAUCAACUUCCUCCUGACUCCCUCGUUAUCAGUAUUGCCUACAGUACACUUGGAAACAUUUUAUUUAAUAAUACUAACAGCACCAAUGAUACCUUUUCCAUCAAUGGAAUUCUUAUCACUGUAACUGUAAAUGGAACUUUAAAUAACUUAAAACUGACAUUUCAAAAGACAAAUGCAUCCUUAAAUAAUCCAAAGUGUGUGUUUUGGAAUUUCAGUACAUCUAGCUGGGAUAGCAGUGGUUGUUUUGGAAACAACGAUGCAGAAAAUGUUUCAUGUAACUGUAAUCAUCUCACUUCAUUUUCAGUUCUGAUGUCAGUGAGUAGUCCAAAUUUUCUUUUCUUAGACUGGAUUACAUACAUUGGAGUAGGAAUAUCUAUGGGGUCCUUAGUUGUAUGCCUCAUCAUUGAAGGCAUAGUUUGGAAAUCCGUAACAAAGAACAAAACAUCUUAUAUGCGACAUGUGUGCAUUGUAAACAUAGCUGUUUCUCUACUGAUAGCGGACAUCUGGUUCAUAGUAGGUGCUUCUAUACCAAUUGAUGAGUCAAUUCCUCAACAGAAACUGUCUGCCUGCAAAACUGCAACCUUCUUCACUCAAUAUUUUUACCUUUGUCUCUUUUUUUGGAUGUUUGACAUGGGCAUGAUUCUUUUCUACCGCCUGGUGCUUGUAUUCCAUGAUAUGAGCAGGUCUACCAUGAUGGUUAUUGCUUUUACAGUUGGAUAUGGGUGUCCAUUGCUGAUAACAGUCAUCACAAUUGCUGUUACUGAGCCUCAGAACAGUACUUACAUAAGAACUAAUGCCUGUUGGCUUAACUGGGAUAAAAGCAGAGCACUUCUUGCUUUUAUUAUUCCUGCACUGAUCAUCAUUGCUCUUAACCUAAUUAUCCUGGUAGUGGUAAUAGUUCGAUUACUGAGACCUUCUAUUGGAAACAGACCAAGAACAGAAGAAAAAAGCACACUGGUUAAAGUUGGAAGAAGUGUUGCCAUCCUAACACCAUUUUUAGGACUAACCUGGGGUUUCGGAAUUGGGAUUGUUGUCAAUAGCCAAUCAAUUGCACUGCAUGCGAUUUUUACUAUACUUAAUGCUUUCCAGUGGGAUUCUUCUCAAGCAUCUGAUAUUCAGAGAAUAUAUUAUGAGCUGCUUCAGCUGGAUACUCCUAAUCCAUUGCCAGUUCCUCCUGUGUUGGCUGCCUUAUUAGAUACUUCCAUUGCUGCUUUCAAGUCUCCUGAGUCUCACAAUCCUGCUCCUAAGAAACCUGAUAGGUUCUAUAAGGUUCCUGACUGUAAAUUUUCAAUUGUCAUUUAA